UCCAGUCCGGAUCAUCAAACCGUUUCCGGGCGACAGGGUACCAGCUGUAAACAUGGCGGAAGACCUGCUAGAAACAGUGGAGAGACUUCAGUCCCGGAUUCUGGACAAUCCGGAGCCUCGUAAGCUCCUGAAGGCUCUCAAGAGACUGGGAGAGCUGCCCAUGACUGUGCACAUACUGGUGGAAACUGGAGUUGGGAAAACUGUGAACUCCUUCAGGAAACAUCAAGUUGCUGGAGAGCUGGCCAAAAGCCUCGUGGCCAAAUGGAAGAAACUGGUUCCUCAGUCAGCAGACAGACCCAACAGCCAUGCCAAAGAGGGCCCCUGCUCACAGGCUCAAGGCCACAGGCACCAGCGAGAGCCCUCCCCUGAGGAGCAAAGCUACAUGGAGGAAGAAGAGGAGGAGCAAGGCUACUACCACGGCAAUUACUCUCCCUCGCCACCUCAUCGAAACCAGUACAGCCCCCCUCAGCCAAAUGCCUAUCAAUCAGAUGAAUACGAGAGUCCAGAGCAGGAGCCAGAGCCCAGCCCUCCUCCUCCUCCUCCGCCUCCUCGGAAGGAGGUUCGCCACGCCAAACCAAGCAAAGACAAAAACCAUCACCACAGCGACCGACACAAGGACAGAGAUGAAGAGCGGCGACAGCGGCCUGCUGAGACGAGUACUGAUCGAGGAGGGGGUGGUGAUGGAAAGAAACGCAGCGGAGAACGGGAACGACAGAGCAGUCCGGUGGAGAAAGUCGCCAAGCACAGCAGGAAGUCCACGACGCACAGCAGCAAAAGGGAGGAGAAGAAGAAGAAGGGAGGAGACGAUGGUGAGGGCUCAGGGCGUCCAAAAGCAUCGAAGGACUCUCCGUCCAGAGUGGAAGAAGAGGAGGAGUUUGAGAAGCACACCAUGUCCUUUGAGUCCUUCCUCACAUACGACACGCCGGUCAAGAAGAAGAAGAAGAAGCAGCAGUUGCCCUCAUCUUCGUCACACAAGCAGCCCUCUCACUCGUCCUCUUCCCGUCACUCUCGCACGUCUCCUCCACCCGCCCCUUCGUCAUCCGGUAAAGAGAGCAAAGCGAACGGGGCGCAGGGCACCAAACGGCCUCGCUCCAGCUCGAGCUCCUCAGCGGCCGGGCAGACGCCAGAGAAACGCAGGAGGGUUGUUGAAGCUCUUCCAACUCUCCCAGAAAUCCCUUUGCCUGCGAUUCAGCCCAAUUACAGACCUCUGCCCUCCAUAGAAACGCCACUGUCACCUCAGAGGCGCAAAGUUCCCGUUUGCAACGAUGAGGAGGACGCAGGCUUCACAGGGAAACGCUUCAACUCUAAGAUGGUUGUUUACUCCGGAUCCAAAACCGCAUACCUGCCCAAGAUGAUGACUCUGUACGAGCAGUGCAUCCGGGUGCUGCAGAACAACAUUGACUCCAUCGCUGAAGUGGGAGGAGUCCCGUAUGAGAUCCUUGAGCCGGUGCUGGAGAGAUGCACCCCUGAGCAGCUUUACCGCAUCGAGCUGAGCAAUCAGUGUUUUACGGAAGAGUCCGACGACCUGUGGAAGCGCCACUGCCAGCGAGACUUCAAGCGCGAGUCUCCUCAGGAGUUCGAGUCGUGGAGGGAGAUGUACCUGCGGCUGCACGACGAGCGGGAGGAGCGGCUGAGGAUGCUCACCCAGAACAUCACCUCUGCACAUGCCAACAAACCCAAAGGUCGGCAGGUUAAGAUGGCGUUUGUGAAUUCUGUGGCCAAGCCUCCACGUGAUGUUCGGCGCCGACAGGAGAAGUUUGGGACCACCAGUGGCUCGUCCACAGCUUCUAUUGCAGCCGCCUCUCCUAUCAAAAUCAGACCGGUUGUUACAGAUGACUCUCGGGAGUCGAGCAGCUCCUCCUCCUCUCUGCUGGCCUCGCCUGCGCCUUCAUCCCGGCUCUCUGCACCAAGUGGAGGAGGUUCAGGAGGAGGAGGACUUGGUCGAGAGAAGCCAGCAGUCAAAAAAAUCGCCCCUAUGAUGGCCAAAACCAUCAAAGCGUUCAAGAACAGAUUCUCCCGCCGGUAAUCUGAAGGAGGCCGAAUGUAUUUUAUCAAUUACAACAGUUUUUAAUUAAUGCUACACAGCAUUUUACAAGGGACCUGCUUUUAUGGGCUUCAGUGAGGAGAUUUUGAGCUUGAACUUAAACCUUUACGAAUGAUUACAGAAUUGUGGUUAUAAUCCAAGUUCAAGUCUUCUGAGAGAAGAAUUUUUCAUUUUUUUCAAAGAUGUACUUUGAGUGGAAAGGCUUUUGUGAACAUCUAUCCACAAAUCUGUGAAACACAGAGGUGGCAGUGUCAUUGUUUGGGCCUGGAGAGCUAGCUAUCGUUGCUUGAUUACUGAAGACGGGAAAAUCACAACAAGGGAGAGCUAAAGAUUUUGUGGCCUCUGCCUCGGGUCCUUAAAGAGAAGCCCAAUUUCAAAAGUUAAACAUGACUGGUUUGUACUUCAAAUUGACUAAAAAUGAAAUGCUAUAGAUGCCAUAAAAAUAAUCCAUCUGAGCACAGAUUGCAGUCUUAUUUCCUAAGGGACAGAGACUGGGUCCAUGUCUCUGCCUUCAAGUUCAGUCACACAAUGUGUUAGAAUGUUAAAUGUUUUGCAAAAUCUGUGAACAGAUGCUCACAAAAGCUCUCCUACUGUCAAGGUGUUUUUGUCAAGUGAUAGCAUUUCAUGUUAUGAAAAGAAAUCCUUUCAUUUUGGAUUUCUGUGGAAGAUCCUCUUACUUAUGAGAAUAUUAAUUUACAAGCUCAAAAAAGAGACCGAUGCCAACCUGAGCCCAUAUUCUGUUUCCCUCAAACACACUUCAACCUACAGAACACAACCUAUGAACUCUGCAAUGAUAAAAAACAAUGGCUUACCGUGUUUUUAUGUAUAUUUGGGGAAAUUCAAUUUUAUAAAAUGAAAUCCAAAACAAUGGCCAUAGUGCAUAGAAAAGGAAUUUGCCACCUCAAAAAAAAAAACAUGCACACACUUAUGCUGUUACCUUUGAUUGUUUUAAGUGGGCGGUUUUAAAGACAUACUUUUGUGUUUUUUUGACCUUUUUUUCUUGGAGUUUAAUUUAAUGAAAGAAUGUGUUUUUCCAAACCCUUUAGCUGCUGCCAGACUCCACCACAGAGACUAAAAACAAGAAUCUAUUGAUGUUGAGCUGCUUCAGACUAUUUUAAUCUAAACUUUUUGGAAAAUAUGAAACAUCUACCGAGCAAAAAGAUAUAAAACCUUAUCAUACAUAUGGAUUUUUGAUUUAUUUGGCUGCUGGCAAUCAAAAUGUAUGAGCAGUGACACAUUAAACAGUUAAAACAUUAGAAUAAUUACAUUUUAAAGCAUCUUAAGACAAAGUAAAGGAGACAAAACUUUUGAGCCACAGAAACUGCUGUAAUCCCCCCCUUAUUAGUAAAGAAUUUGAUGAUAAGUUAAAUGAAAUAACUUGUUUUUAGUCUUUGUGCCAAACUGAUGAGUUGAAGGCCUUACUGCCUUUGCCACAGAAAUUAGAUUUGCAUCAACUUUCUAAUUUUAAGAAAACUUUCAGAACGUUUCUAAGAUCUUAAACUUUUCUUCAGAAAACAAAAUGAUUAAAGAAAAUGGUCAUUUUGAGUUCUCUUGUAUGACUAAAAGACACUACAGUACUGCCUGUACAUUAUUUUUCUGUUUUGUCUCAACACCGUUGACUGUCUAAGAGAGCAUGUGAACCAUCUGAGUUGCUGGAAAAGCCUGCUUUUAAGAAACAAACAUACAGUUCAUUUUCAAUUUUAUGUUUUGCUCGGCACAUCUUCAGUGUGUAGAACGAAAUGAAAGCAGAAACACACAUUACUGAUUAUAUUUUUAUCCUCCUGUGGCAUUGGAUGAUGUUCUGCUGUUGAAAGUGUGACACCCUGUUUCUGUCUGCUCUGUAAUAAACUGCUACAAUGAGGGUUGGUGGCUCUGUAAGAAGAGCAAGAGGGACGGUAGAACAUAGGACGCCUGCAGCUUUGGACCAUCAUCAUAAGGAGAUGUAUUUAUUUUCAACUAUGGGACCUCCACAGCUUGGGCCCCAACAGAAGCUAGAUUAAAAUUGUAAUUUUAUUAGAUUUUAAUAAAUGUUAAAUGGUCAUUUUUAUUAAAAUUGACUUUUGCCCUGAACAAUAA